AUGGGGAACGCGUUAUGCUGCUUGCAAGACUCUUCGUCUGCUGCAAGAAGCAAAGAGGUGAUGUACGAUGUAAGGCAUCAGGCUAAUCACGAGUAUGUGAAUCAAACAUUUCCGAUCGAGGACACUUCAACUAAUUUUCUUCCUCAUAUUAGUGAAAGGGAGCUGCCUGAUGAGAUUGGUGAGGACCCGUCAACGCAACCGAUGGUUAAACCAAUAUUUAUGGAACGAAGCAGAAGUGAAAUGAAGUUGAAGGAUAACCGUCGUUCGUUCUAUGUUCUGGAUACACAGAGCUUGACUACUAUUAUGUCACCGUUACAAAAGUCGAAUAGUUGUUCGACGAUAUUUCUUGACGAUUCUACCAUUUCACAGCCAAAUUUGAAAAAUACGAUCAAAUGCAUUUCGUUGGCUAUUUAUUAUCAUAUUGUAAAUCGAAAAAAUCGUGCUCAUGAGAGGCUAAUGGAAAUUUUUGAAGAGCGGCUUCAUCCAAUCACAAGAGAUCCGAUUCCAAUCGAAAUGAUGUCGAGAGAUCCAGAUCAUCGGCAGAUAUAUCGUUUUAUCAGGACUCUUUUCCAUGCUGCCCAGUUAACGGCAGAAUGCGCAAUAAUCACUUUGGUAUAUGUGGAACGAUUGCUGAAUUACGCUGAAAUGGAUUUAUGCCCAUCAAAUUGGCGACGAGUAGUAUUAGGAGCUAUUAUGCUUGCAUCAAAAGUGUGGGAUGAUCAGGCUGUUUGGAAUGUUGAUUAUUGUCAGAUUUUGAAAGACACUAAUGUUGAUGAUAUGAACGAACUGGAGAGGCAGUUUUUGGAAUGCUUAGAGUUCAAUAUUAAUGUCCCAAGUUCUGUUUAUGCAAAGUAUUAUUACGAAUUAAGGACACUGGCCAUGGCUAACGAUCUGCAAUUACCACUGCAACCAUUAUAUAAAGAACGGGCGAGGAAGUUAGAGGCACUCAGUCGAAUCUACGAGGACAAACUGCAACCUGAUUUAAGAAUCACACAUCGGAAAAGUUUUUCGGCUGAGAAGUUGUUAAUCAAGGAAUACCACACUCCAGUCGUCAUAUCUUGA